CUAAUGGGCCCCACCAAAAUGAAAAACAGUAUUUAAGAAAUAAGAAUGAAAAUACUUGGGCGUCCCCGUCAAGGGAGUAAAUAUAAAUGGAUGAAGACGACGGGGGGAAAAGUCUUCGCCGGAGCUUUGAAAAUCCGCCACAAACUUACGAGGAAAGGUUAAAAUCCAAAGGAUCUUGCUCUUCAACUUUCUACGAAGGUUUCACUCUUAAACCUCCAAAAGACCCCACCGGAAACUUUCCAUUUCCUUUUCCACCGGAAGCUCUGCAUUCAGCCUUCAUUCAACGCUUUAUUCAGUUCACCACGAGUUGAGGGAGCCAUUGGCAACUCGUUUGCAGAGACACAAUCGAAGCCCAACGGAUAAGCGCCUCGUUGAUAAUCAAUCAAUGACUGGUAAAGCAGACAAGGUCUACGUUGCUAUCGGAAAUGAUCUUCACGAUGGAUUCAAGACAUUGGGGUGGACUCUUGGGAAAUGGAAGACUCAACCGAUUUCAAUUGUGAUUCUUCACAUCGCCUACACCAAUUCCCAGGAAUAUGUCUACACUCCGUUCGGAAAGCUCCCUGCGAGUUCUGUAAGUGAAGAGAAAGUGAAAGUUCUGAGAAAAUAUGAGCAGGAAAAGAUCGAUAAGCUACUUUCUAAAUAUGUAGAUUUUUGUGGCAAGGUAAAAGCCGAAAUACUCAAGGUUGAGAAAUCUGAUGAACCUAUUCAUAGGUUCCUUGUUGACUUGAUUUCAGAAUUGGGAAUCACCAAUUUAGUCAUUGGUUUUACGUUUAUGAAAUCUUCAUCUUGGAAAUCAAAGAAUGCAAUUAGUGGAUCAUUUUACAUUUACAGAAACAAGGCCAAUUCUUGUGAGUUGUUUGUAAUAUGGGGAGGAAAACAGGUAUUUCUCAGAGAUGAAAGAAUCAUGGAAGAUGAUAAAGGUGUAAGGAUCUCUAAAAUCAGCAGCAAGCAUUCAUUCAAAGACUGGCUGGGAAAGAUGUUCAUGGAAGAUCCAAUCUAUUCCACAGAGAGGAUGUUGAGUCUCUCGUCUUCUUCACCAAGUAGUUCAAAUUCCUUGAGUUCUCGAAAUUAUUGGGACAAUAAUAUCCAUGAACUAGAGAACUACUACGAGGAAUUACUAUCGUUGAAUUUGCAGGAAGAAAAAGACUGCGAGCAGGAUCAAGAGGAUGUUCUUGAAACUUCAAGUUCAACCCAGUUCAAUAUUCUGGAUCAUCCUGAUUCAGAUAUGAAUACUGAGGAAAGCAUUGAGCAUCUAAGGACUAAAAUAGAGGAAGCUCGCAAGACCAUCCAGUUGAUGAAAGAUGAAGCAAAGGGUAGUGCUGAAAGGCAAGCUAAAGCAGAGUGGGCCAUUAAUCUGUGCAGUCAGCGGACCGAAGAGCUUGAAGCACAGAUAAAAGAAGAGGUUACAAUUAGGGAAGAGUUGCAGAAAGAAUUAGACCCUGCCAAAGAAUGCAUUCUUGAAAUAGUACGUGAUAUCGAGGAAAGCAAGAAUAGAUUAAGUUCACUUCUCGAACUGCAAGCUGAGCUAUCAAGGAAGCUCCAAAUUUCCACUGCAGGAAAAUCGCGUAUAGAAGCUCAAUUGGAGAAGACAGCGAAAACGAGGGAAGGGAUGGUGAGAGAAAUCGAGGAGCUGAGGAGACAGAGAGACAUUCUUAACCGGAGAAUUGAGUUCUGCAAAGAGAAAGAUGCCAUUGGAAUGGCUGAAAGGUCGACUGAAGUGACUUGCAGUACAAGAGUUUACACGGGUGAAGAGAUCAGAUUAGCCACCGAGGGCUUUUCAGAACAAAUGAGAUUGAGUUCCCAGGUGUACAGAGGACGUAUCAAUCAUAAUUCAAUUGCAAUCCAAAUGAUCGACUCAGGAAAUUGUCUGUCAGAAGAAGAUUUUCAAUCUAAGGUAGCAGAUGCCCUCUUUUCAACUGUCUUCAACUGUCAAAAACUAUGUUUUCAUCCAAACUGUGUUUAUUUGCAGGUGGAGCUUUUAAGCCAUAUCCGUCACCCUCAUCUGAUUGCCAUGAUGGGAUUCUGCUCCGAGCUCAAAUGUAUUGUCUUUGAUUACAUGCAUAAUGGUAGCUUAAGUGACAGACUACUUCCAACCAACAGAAGAUCCAGGAAAAUACGCCGCCCUCUCAUGUGGCAUGACAGAAUCCGUAUAGCAUCAGAGGUAUGCUCGGGCCUGAGCUUCCUUCACCAGGCUCAACCUCAGCCCAUUUCUCAUGGCAACCUCACCCUCUCCAAAAUUCUCCUGGACCAAAACCUUGUCGCCAAAGUCACUGGUUUUGGGCUUGCCGAAUUGGAUGAAGCUGGUGGCAUUGAGUUGGACAUCCGGGCUUUUGGGGCUCUGCUGCUACAUCUGGUAACUGGGAGGAAUUGGACAGGGCUGAUUGAGAAGGCACUGACGAUGGGAAAGGUUGGUAUUGUCCAGAUUUUAGACGAUGAGGCUGGACAGUGGCCGUUGGACUUGGUUGAUGGGCUAGUUGAUCUGGCUUUGAGAUGCGUAACCCCAAAUGGUUUAAAUUCAGAGCUUAACUUGGCGACAGCCAUGGAGGAGAUCGAUGAGAUCAAGGCGAAAGCAGAUGAUCUAGUGGGAAACGAAGGUGCAAAUGCAACUAAUGAGGAUGUAGAUGAUGUGCCAAGAAUCUUCAUCUGUCCCAUCUUGCAGGAAGUGAUGAAGAACCCACAUGUGGCAGCAGAUGGGUUCUCGUACGAGUUAGAGGCCAUAGAACAAUGGAUAAUUGCAGGACACGAUACAUCACCAAUGACCAACUUGAGGUUACAGCAUCCUUAUCUCACCCCUAAUCACACACUUCGCUCUCUCAUUCAAGACUGGCAAAAUGAGACCUCAAAUCUUUACACUUUAGAUUUAGCGACUGAUAGUUGAAUGUAUACUUGAAAAUAGACUGAUAGUUUGUCCCAUUUUCUUUCUUCUUUCGUUCUCGAUUCAAUCCUGUAAAACCCAGCGAAUGACUGUUCAUGUUAGGUUACAGAAAAUUGUCACAAAUUGCUUCGAUUAAACGAGUUAAUGGUAUCUAUUCCAUUCCCAAGUGAAA